CGUGAUAUAAGAACUUAAAAAGAGUGAACGAAGAUAUAUAUAUAUAUAUAUAUAUAUAUAUAUACAUACGUAUAUAUAUAUAUAUAUAUAUACACAUAUAAGAAAGCUGUGGUGCGUUUUAAAUGAUAUACGAAUAAAUUAGAGUUGUUUGCUUUGAUAGAGUCAGUAGUGAAAGGAGGAAAGAAAAUUAUUCGAGAAAGAUCGCAUCCAACAUUUUUUGCUGUUUCCUACGAGGAUAUCAAUUCAUUCUCUUGAAGAGUUUUUUUGCUUUCGCCAUACCAAACCUGGGAAGAAGGGUGAUUAAUGGAUUCGAUUCGUUGAACCGGAGCAGCCCGUACGACGAAAGAGGAUAGACGAAUAGAAGCGGAUAAUGCAGAGAUAGAGAGUGCGAAAGAGACGGUCCGAGAUAGGAAAGAGAAAAGCGUGGAGGGAAACGUGGAAGAAGUGGAAAGUGUUCGAGUGAGACAGAGACGGAAACAGAGAGAGAGAGAGAGGUAGAGUGUGUGAUAGAGAGGAAGAGAGAGAGAGAGAGAAAGAAAGAGAGAGAGUGAACGAGAAGAGUGAGCUCGAAAAGUGGUGAUUGGAGGGAAGAGGAAGAGUAGGUUGGAGAGGAGUGAAGAGAGAAACCGAGGAUUUUAUUUCCGAAAGUGUGGAGAGCCGUGCAGAGACGGAGGACCAACGACCAUGACGGAGGGCGGACUCAAUGUUGGUGAUCUAAUGACGAAGAACAAGCGGACAAAUUGGCGUCGGCUGUUGGCAGGCGGCUUGGUAGCCAUUGUCGCAUUGGCCUUAGUCAUAGCCGCAGCAAUUCUUUUGACCGGUAGUCCAGAUAGCUCGACAUCAAGAACGACAAGCGCGCCUGGCAUUUCCCUCGAAGAAUGGCUCGCCGGUUCGUUAUCUCCCAAGAGCUUCAACGCGACCUGGCUCAGCGGAAAUGAGAUCCUUUAUCGUGACGAAAUUGGGAAUCUUCUUAUCUAUAACGUCGAAUCGGCAUCUUCUAAGAUCAUCCUCAAUAUGACCAACACCGCGCUCCUGUCCAGCUUUGAUCAUCAAAUAUCUGCCGACCGGAAAUAUCUUCUACUUGCUAUUAACUAUCAGAAGCUAUACCGGCACACAUACCUGGCCGAAUACAAGAUCGUGAACCUGAAGACUCUAACGGAGAUGGCAUUGAUGGCGGCGAAUGAUUCUGAAUCCCUUCAACUUGCGACCUGGGCACCAAGUGGAAACGCUUUGAUCUAUGUUCAUCAGAAUAAUAUCUUCUAUCGACUGGAAGCUGAGGUUCCAACAGAUUAUCAGAUAACUGAUAGCGGAGUUUUCGGUACGAUCUACAAUGGCGUACCUGAUUGGGUUUACGAAGAGGAAGUAUUCAGUUCUAACAAAGCAUUAUGGUUUUCACCGAACGGCUCGAAACUGGCUUUUGGAUACUUCAAUGAUACCUUGACACCGGUUAUGAACAUACCAUUUUAUGGAUUUCCAGGAAGUUUGACUUUCCAAUACACGUCGGCUAUACCGAUUCACUAUCCGAAGAGUGGCACGAAGAAUCCUACCGUAAAGCUCUUCUAUGUCGAUCUCGAGGAGGUGGUACGUGGUAACACGAGAUUAAUCGAGAUCGAGCAUCCUACGGAAUUGUCGUCGGUUGAAAGGAUAUUGUCGGCCGUUAGUUUUCCUACUGAUAAUCACGUGUACGCAACUUGGAUGAACAGGGUACAGAAUAUGGCAUACUUCCGACUAUGCGACGUUGGCAGUCACGUACCAAAUUGUACGACGGCUCUAACUUACAUCGAGAAGAACGGUUGGGUCGAACAAUUCGAAGCGCCAUUGUUCAGCAAGGAUGGCACUUCUUUCUUGUUAAUAUUGCCAAGAAAGCAAAAGGACGGUACAGAUUGGAGACAUCUUGUUUUGGUUAAGAAUGCAACGAGUGUAAAUCCGAUUACGGUUUCUCUAACUUCCGGCUACUUCGUCGUAACUGAAAUAGUUGCAUGGGACCAAGAGAAUUCGUAUGUAUACUAUCUCGCCACGUCCGAGCACAAGACAGGACAACAGCAUUUGUACCGACUGUCUCUGUCGACGUUGAACGCCCAACCCAAGUGUCUCAGCUGCGACAUCCUCAGAGAAUCCGAUAGCACCCGGUGUUUGUACAAUACUGCCAAGUUCUCCACCGACAAUUCAUAUUACGUGCUAACCUGCGCUGGCCCUGGUGUACCGGAAAUUUUCAUUUAUAACAAAAGUGGCAAAGAAAUUGCUAUCUGGGAAGAUAACGAAGCCGUUGCCGAACUAUUAGCGUCGAAGGCUCAACCGAUUGUCCAUAAGUACAAAAUACCAGUUCCCGGUGGUUUUAAUGCCCAGGUGAGGCUUCUGAUCCCACCCGAUGCUGAUUUGAGCGGUGCCACCAAGUAUCCUAUGCUGGUUUAUGUAUACGGCGGACCAGACACAUAUCAAGUGACAGAAAAGUUCAACGUCGACUGGGGUACAUAUCUCGUGUCAAACAAGAGUAUCAUAUACGCUGCCAUCGACGGCAGAGGCUCCGGAUUAAUGGGCAACAGCAUGCUAUUCGCUGGAUACCGGAACCUUGGUACCGUUGAAAUCAUUGACCAGAUUAAUGUAACGAGGCAUCUCCAGAAUAAGUUAGCCUUCAUCGAUCGCACCAGGACAGCAAUUUGGGGUUGGAGUUAUGGAGGUUACGCCACCGGUAUGUCACUCGCUAUGGAUUUCAAUGGUGUCUUCAAGUGUGGUAUGUCCGUAGCUCCGGUCACGGAUUGGGCUCUUUAUGAUUCAAUAUACACGGAACGAUUCAUGGGCCUACCAACCGUCGUUGAUAAUCUUCAGGGAUAUGAAAAUGGUCAACUGUUAAAUAAAGUCGAUAAUAUAAAAACAAAAAUGUAUUAUCUGAUCCAUGGUACUCUCGAUGAUAAUGUGCAUUAUCAACAAUCACUGAUGCUCGCCAAAGUUCUCGAACAAAAGGAUAUACUUUUUAGACAACAAACGUACACCGAUGAGGACCAUGGAAUUCUGCAAUCGCGAACACAUCUCUAUCAUUCGUUGGAAAACUUUUUAGACGAAUGCUUUCAAACAUCGUCAUGAUUAAAGCACGGCAUUUUAAUGACAAUCUAGGCACCUUAUACACCACUUGCCUCACAGUCCAUUUGUAAAUACUUUACCACUUGUACAUAGUUUAUGUACAAUAAUGUAAUAUGAGCGUUAGUGUACAUAAUUCGGGAAGAGAAAAAUAAGAAAUAAAUAAAAGAA